AUGCCAUUUAAAGAUGUGAUAUUACGAGCCAUAGAAGAGAUAUCAAAAGGAUCAAAAAUAAAAACAACGGCUGAUAAAUAUAAAAUUCCUAGAUCAAGUAUGCAACGGUACCUUAAACAAGAUUCUAUAAAGGAUUCUUCGCAUAGAUUUAUAACCUCACAAAUUUUCACCGACGAAGAAGAACAAAAAUUAUCAAAUUACAUAAUACCAACUUCAACUCAAGUCAUUCCAGAACACCUUGAAAGAGAAAAUCAGAAUGAAGCAGAUCCUGUUAAUUUGAAUAACAUUGCUGUCGCCAAUUCUUCCUCAUCAUUUGCUACAGAUCAAAUAACAAUUGAAGUCGCUGAAGUUGUAACCCCUGAAAUAGUAAGACCAUACCCAAAGGCUUGCCCAAGAAAACUGAUUAAAAAUGCAAGGAAGAAAGCAAAAACAAGAAUAUUGACAGACACACCUGAAAAAAGACUAAUAGAAUUAGCAGAACAAGAAAAGCAAAUCAAGAACAAGGCUAAGAAAGAGAGGCAGGAAAAAAAGGUUCUCAAAAACACAGGGAAAAAACAGAUUCCUAAACUUCCAUCAGAACUAACAUCGAAUAGAGUAAAGAAGAGGCAAAUGAGCAGUAGUGAUAGCGACAUAGAAAAUGUUUUACUCACUGAUAGUUCUGAGGGAUCCUUUGCUGAAGACACGUCCGAAGAAGAGUUAGAUGAAGAUGAUGUGAUAAUGGUUGACAGAAAUUUUCAAAAGAAUGAUUAUGUGCUCGUUAAAUUUAAUGUAAAAAAGACUGUUGUGCACUAUGUCGGUCAAAUCGAAGACAUCAGUCAUACCAUGGCUACAAUAAAAUUUAUGCGGCUGAGUAAGAUAAGAAACACAUUUUUUUUUCCUGAAGUAGAUGACAUAGCUUGUGUUCUACUAGAUGACAUCAAAACUAAAUUGCCGGAACCAAAGACAUGCAAUAAAACCAAACGUGGUAGCUCUAAGUACACAUUUGAUAAACCUUUAUGGGUUAUACCUAAUCUUAGAUAA